GUUGUUUUCCAUUCUUCUAGAGGGUCUGGAACAAUCCUUAAAAGAUGACGUUAAACUUUCAAAGUGACUUGCCAACCUAGGGGAAGAAGAAGGAUGAUUCAACAACACUGUAUGAAUGCUCUGAAAUAUAAAUCGAAGGUGUGAUCUGUUAAGGUGUUGGGUUAAUAAAAUUUUCAAGAACUCCACAGCAGCAUGCCAAUUGCCACGCAAUAUAGAAUUUUGAAUUUGUUUACCAGUAUACAGAAUACUAUCAACAACUCUAUAUCUAUUUCUCAGUUUGCCCCAACUUCCUGGCCCAUAAGUAAAAUUUGUUUUUGGAAUGCCUUCAUACUGAUGAGGUUUAGUGAAGUAUGAUAAACGUCUUACCCACUCCCGUUUUGUCCAUGAAUAUGUGAUCUCGUUUCUGUUAGUUUUAAGCAUCCAUUCAGGAAAUGCAAUCGUCUUGGUAGGCUUCUUCCUGGACUUGGAAACUAUUUUAGCCAUAACCAAGAAUUACUACAGAACUAUUGUUCUGCUGAACACGUGAUGGUUCAACGAUUUCAAAACACGGAUCCGCUAAUGUCUGCACACCCAACCACUCCAACAAAUUUGUACUCCCUACACACCAUGCAGUACGUUAAAGAUUUAUGCCAAGUUAUAUUAUGUUUCACCAUGUAGAUUCCACAUGAUCCACUUUGCGGCCUUCCAGGUCCUGGCUAACGCAUAGUCUAGAAGGCAGUGAGUCUGUCAUUGAGUUUCCUUAGUGUGGUCACGUAAUGAGUGGUGUGGUUGUGGAUUGGGGGUAGAUUUUGUUUUGUGUCAAAUGAGUAAGUGUGCGAUUUCGAGGAAGAAUAAUUAAGAUUCUGUGAACUAUAAAAUUGUAACAAAAAAAUCAUAUAUUGGAUGCAUUUGUGCCAUGACACGAACUGCAAGGUGUCCUCAUGUCAGUUACCUGAGUGAUUGUAGUCAAGCAGACAUAGAAAGAGCCAAAGAGAUUUCAAGAUGUUCAGAAUGCAGUUCACAAGGUCCUAAUUUAUGGCUUUGUUUACACAGAGGGUGUUUACGAAUUGGUUGUAGUGAAACCCAGAAUGAUCACAGCACUACACAUAAUAAGAAUUACAGAUCCCACUGUUUACAUUUAAACUUGACAACGCUGAGAGUGUGGUGUUAUUUGUGCGAAGACGAAGUAUUUUUAGAUCAUUCAGAUUCUGUUAAUACUCGCUCAUCCUUGCCAACCAUGAGAUAUGGUCCUGCAGAUUCUGGAGAUAGUAGCGACAGUGAAGAUAGCCGGGAAGACAAUGGGAAACCACGAGGUUUGACAGGUCUACAGAACAUAGGAAAUACUUGCUACAUGAAUUCAGCUCUCCAGGCUUUGUCAAACACUCCACCAUUAACACGAUUUUUUCUGGAUUGUGGAGCCUUUCUUCAUGGGAAAGGUGGUGAUAAAAAACCUGGAUUGUCAAAAAGUUACCAUAGACUGGUACAAGAAAUGUGGCACCGGAAACGACCUGGCUACGUACAUCCUAUGUUUCGUGGCUACCAACAACACGAUACACAAGAAUUUCUACGAUGUUUUAUGGAUCAAUUACAUGAAGAAUUGAAAGAACCUCUUGUGGAUAGUUUCCCUGAUCGUUAUAAAAAUAUUCAAAAUCAUGAAGAGAGCCAGCAGUUGGCUCAUUUUGAUGACGGCUCAGAUGAAGAAGAUAAUGUGAAUGGUGGACAUUCAAGUCAAUCAGAAGGAGAAUAUGAAACAUGUGAUUCUGGAGUUAGUGAAAGGAGUUCUUUGAGUGAUGAAGGAGAAAGGGGAAGAGCAGCCAAUAAACGAAAAUUAUCUAGGUCACCAUCACCUCCACAAGAAAGAAUGCGUUCAAAAUUAACUACACCAUCUUCUAAGACCCAUGGAUCAUCACCUAGUUCACCUACCCGCCCUAAUCGCAAAAAACAACCAAUGAAAUACAGAAGUAUAAUAUCUGAUGUCUUUGAUGGCAAAGUCCUCAGUUCUGUUCAGUGCCUUACUUGUGAUAGGAUUUCCACUCGUGUAGAGACAUUUCAAGAUCUUUCCUUACCAAUUCCAAGUCGAGAUCAUAUACAUAUGCUUCAUCAGGGUUCGUUAACCCCACAAAAAGGAGGAUUGUCUGCAUGCUCUGAUGUUUACACUGGAGAACAAGGUUGGGUAUCGUGGAUUUUAGAAUGGGUUCGCAGUUGGUUUUGGGGGCCUACGAUUAGUUUACACGAUUGUUUGGCUGCAUUCUUCAGUGCUGACGAGUUAAAAGGUGACAAUAUGUAUAGUUGUGAAAAAUGUAAUAAAUUACGCAAUGGAGUUAAAUAUUCUAAAGUUCUGGAACUUCCAGAAGUACUGUGUGUCCACCUGAAACGUUUCCGUCAUGAAUUGAUGUUCAGUUCGAAGAUAAGUAAUUAUGUGUCCUUUCCUUUGGAAGGUUUGGAUAUGAGGCCAUAUUUACAUAAAGAUUGUACAUCACAAGUGACAAGUUAUGACUUAGUAUCAGUAAUUUGCCAUCAUGGCACUGCUGGUGGGGGUCAUUACACUUGUUAUUCACUUAAUUACAUCAGCGACCAGUGGUUUGAGUUUGAUGAUCAGUAUGUGACACAAGUAACUCCAGAAACUGUGCAGAACUGUGAAGCAUAUGUUCUAUUCUACAAAAAAUCGUGUGAUGUAAUUGCUAAGAAAAGACAAAGAGCAUGUGAACUAAUUGAUCUUUCUUCAAAUGAACCCAGUCUUCAGUUUUAUGUUUCUAAGCAAUGGGUAAACAGGUUCAACACUUUUGCAGAACCUGGACCUAUUGAUAAUUCUGAUUUUCUGUGCAUUCAUGGAGGUGUACAUCCAUCUAAAGCAGGACAAAUGGAUCAGCUUUGUACUAUUCUUACUCAACCUGUUUGGGAAUAUUUAUAUGAAACUUUUGGAGGAGGACCAGCUUGCAACUUUCUCUAUGCAUGUACUGUGUGUUUAGAAGAGCAAGAAGCUCUCCAACGUCGAGUUAAACAGGAAUUGGAUGAAUUUUUACAGCUGAACAAAGAAUUCCAGGCAGAUGAAAGCCCUUCUGUCAUAUAUGCUAUAUCAAUGAGUUGGUUUCGCCAAUGGCAGAGUUUUGUGAGAGGGAAAGAAGCAGAGCCUCCUGGUGCAAUUGACAAUUCUCCUAUAAUUGUCAACAAAAAUGGGCAAACAGGAGUGAAAAUGGGUUCCGACUAUGCUCAAUUAUCAGAGGAGCUAUGGAAUUUUUUCCACCGCAUAUAUGGUGGAGGACCUGAAGUAAUGACACGAUCACCAUAUCCUCGAGGGCUAUCCUCAGGAUGCUCAACAGCAAGUUCAGGCAGUAGAACUUGCCUGUUUGCGGAUGCUCCAGGAAACAAACCUACAGUGAAUGCAGACAGAGAACUUAUUCAUUCACAUAAAGCUCGGAGUACAGAAAAUAUAAAUAUUGGCUUCACCAAUGUUACUGGGCGACCUGUGCGAGCUCAAAGUGCUAGUUCAGACAAUAUAAAUCUUAGAAUGGCUGCUUUGACUGCAUCUGGGCACAGGAAAAUGCAAGAUGGUGUAGAUGGGGCAAGACAACAGUGCAGCCUCAUGUUGGGUGAUUCGACAGAAGAUGAGACAUUGAGCUCCCAUCGAAAUGGAGGAUAUUGCAUUGAUGAUAGCUCUGAAAGAGAUUCAGGGAUUGUAAUUAGUAAAGAUUCGGCAGAAGAACUUCAAAAUCAUCAUUGUAGUGAUCAUAUGCAUCUUUGAAUGAAUGUUUUGUGCAUUCCAUUUUGGGAAUUCAGUACAAGUAUUUUAAAUAGAUAAUUGCUUUUGCAAUUUAUUGAAAAGUGUAGAUUACAUUCUAAUUUGCUAACUAAAAACAAGAUUGAACUUGGCAUUAAUCCAUGAUAAGAUCAAUGAUUUUGUAAUGAAAUAUGGCCAUGAUGAUGAGGAGAGCAUUGACUGUAUAUUGAUAAUUGACAGUUGUGAUGAAAUUGAGUUUAGUGCAGUAAACUUUGAAGAUACCAAAGAUAUUUGAUGCUUGUAUUUUGUUGUUUUUGUUGUUAUCAAGUGUCAAAAUAUAUUUCCAGGAAAUAUUUUGUUAACCUUAUUUCCCAAUGUUAUAACUGUAUACUGUAUUAGUGUGCAGAGUGGAAAAAAGGCUUGCAGACCUUGCGUGAAAGAUAUUGACAAUUUGUAUGUUUAUUCCUUAAUGUAAACAGUAUUCUCAAAAGUGGAUAAUGUAAUUAGAAGUAUUGUUCUCCUAGCCCAAUACAGUUUAUGGCAUUUUUGUAAGUCAGAUUAAACAUUGGAAAUGUGAUUGUAAUCAUUGAAGGUUGUUUACCAAGCAUUUGCAAGGAGGCAAUUGUGUGUCUAAUGUGUACAAAAUGUUUAUUUCUAAACAGAUAUAAUAUCUGAGUGCUAUAUGAUUGUGUGUUCAUAACGUAGUUCAAAUUGUGGGGACUUGAUGUGAUUCUUGUAGUGUUGCAUUUGCAGCAUAAAUUUGUUGACGUGGGUUUGCUUCUGGUGCUUGAUUUAGUGUGAAUGUUAUCAAAUUCAUUUCUAGAUAAUCAUCUCUACUCAUCAUAAUUAUUGGUAUUUCUGAUUUUUCUCUUUAUAUAUUCACCAGGAGAAAAUAUGUAAAAAAUUCAGUUGUUUUAAUGUUAAUUAUCAUUCUGACAGUGGCAUUCAGUUCUAAAGGUGUACAUUGCUGAUUCUAAUAACAAUGUGUUUUAUCAAACUUUUCAUCAAGUGGAAAACUAACGAGUUUAAGGAACUUCUGUUGUGGAAGAAAUAGUAAAAAAAAAAAAUAAGAGAGCUAUCUUCCAAGUCGAGAAAUUUCACAUAAGUGCACAUUUAUUUAAUCCUCUGCCUCCAUGUUAGUAAAUUGGUUUGCCACAAUUGCCCACAAUUAGCUGACCGAUUUUCACUGAAAAAUAUAAUUAUAUUAUGUUGUAAAUGUAUCUGGUUUUAUUUUAACUGAGGUAAACGAUUUACUAUUUCUUUUCAACGUUGCCGGAAAAUAUUACAAAAUUAUCUAAUAUUAACAGAUUUUUUUAACAUAAAAAUUUACUCUCAUCCUUACUUUCUUUCUCUCUCUCUCGUUCUCUUUCUUUCUUUCUCUCUUUCAUUCUCUCUCUCUCUCUCUCUCUCUCUCUCUCUUUUUUUUUUCAUUGUUUCUGUUCUCCUUUUUCAUUGAGUACCUUGUAUUAGUGUGAAGUUUAGUGAUUAGUCUUGAAUAUUAUGUAUUAAGGAAUUGUGGCUUUAUUGUAUGUAUGAUUUACACUGAAUACCAAAAUUUAUUUUAAUUAUUAGUUAACUUUUUCCCAUUUAUAGUAAAAUAGUGGACAUUCUUUAAGUGUUUAUAAUUAUUUAUGAGAAGGACCUGGGAAUUCUGUGCGACUUACAGACCACAAGUUGUUGGUAACAUGUGUAAUAAUUUUAAGUCAGAACUAGGGCAAAAAUAGUGAAACUGUUUAUGGACUUUCUUCAAGGCACAAGUUCCUUGUCUGUAAACAUUAUUUCUUUACCAUAUUUCCAAUGAAAAUAAAUUUGUGAUACCUCUUUAUCCUCAAUUUUUGUAGUUAUGUGUUAAGCUGUAAUUAACUGUAUGAAAUAGUUGUUUCUUAGUUAACAGAAUAUAUAACUUAGUUUUUAUUUUGUAUUAUACUAACUUUUAAAUACAGGAUGAAUUAGAAGAGAAUGUUAUUUCCUGUAUAUGUGUUAGUAUGAUGUGAAUUGUGAGUUCCUGACAAAUUUUAAUUUUGAACCAUUCCAUAAGAAACUAUUACUUCUUUGCUGAUCUAUUGAAAUUGUAACACUUUCAAAGAAAUCAAGUUUUGACUUGCUUGAAGUUUUGUAUCUUUAUCUACCUUCCCAAGAAGUAUGGAUAAUCUUUUUACUUACUUAUCAGAUAUAUAGGGCAAUUUUUGAAAACAAUUUCAUGUUAUUUACUGUAAAAUUAGUUUGUGUUGUAUGUUGCUAAAAAAUUAAAGUGCAAUCAUGAUCCAUGCUCUUCUGAAUAAAUAUGUACUACACUUAAAUUGAUGUAAUUGAACUUAAGUUUUAUAUAUGCAGUAUCAACACUGCCCAGUAUAAAUUUUCAUGUUCAUCUUGCCAUAGUGAAAUAAUAAAUGAAAAUUGCUCAACUUGCAUAUUAAAUAAAACAAUAUUCAACAAAAUGACCUUUACCAAAAUUUUUCCUUAGGUGUCCAAACAUAUAAUAUGUUAACCUGAAAUAUAUUAAAAUUCCUUCAGAAUCCUCAAAUUAUGGUGGUAGGUUCAAAUAUAAACAUUCUUUAUAGAGAAUUUUCCUUGUAAAUUAUUCACAGUAGGGCACCUGUUAAGAUCUAAAUUAAUUGAAAGCAUUUUUUAACCAUACAUAGACAUUUUACUAUAAUUAUGUUUUUUAAAUUGGUAUUUAUAAUAAAUUUUAAUAUAAAGGAAGUCAUGACUGAGCAUACUUUUAGCUGAUAUAUUUAUUAGGAGUUAACGAUGUCACAUCAAGUGCUGCAUAGUGUGAAAGUAGGAACUUUUUGUGUAAUAAUACCAUGCAAUAGGUUGAGGAAAACUACUUGAGUUAUUUGAGUCUUUGGCUUCCGCAGCCAGAGUCGAAAUUGUGGCUGGCUGGGUAGGGUUAGUGUGGUUGCCGAUGUUCCAACCAUCUUGUUGUGGUCUUCCUCAGGGCUAGUCUGCGCCGGAGUGGUCAGUCUUCAACGCGGCGUAACCCAGACAGCCAAGAUCUCUACUUCAGAUAUUUGUUUAUUGUGCUUUUCUGACAGGUUGUGAUCUACUGUAAUACUGAACUGUAAUAACUUUUACAAUUGAAAAUUAUUUCAUCUUGUAUGCAUUAUUUACUACAUUGUCUGAAAAUUGUUGAAAAGAGUUAACAGUAUACUCAUUUUAGUACAACAAAAUUACCAGAAAAUGAAGGGGGAAUUCUUAACUUUAUUUACUACAAAAUCAUGUCAUUCUUGUUGAAUGUUUUAGUUUUGGAAGAAUAUGAUAUACAUUGCCUCUAUUGUCAAUAGUUGUGGGAAAAUAAAUAAAUAUAUUUUUUAUUGUAGAAGUGAAAAUAUGUGGAUGUGUGAUCUGAAAAAGCCAGUCAGAAAAUAUUUUGACUGGAGGUUAUUGGGCAAAAUGUUUUAUAAGUUGAUGUUCUUUAUUGUUCUCUUAUGCAUGUAUAAAUAAUUGUUAAUAAAAAAAUUUCAAAGUAACAAAA